CCACAUUACGUGUCCCUGCGUGAUGUUCCCGUGGCUCUUCGCUUAGGCCUGUCCGACAUCAUCAUGCCCGGCGACGUUCGCAACGACUUGUACGUCACUCUGAUAUCGGGAGAGUUUUCGAGAGGAGCCAAGACAAGCGAUCGCAAUGUAGAAGUUACAAUUCGAAUAGUUAAUGAAAAAGGCAGAGUUAUACCUGGAGUGAUACACCAAGGAUGCGGUAAGGUGCCACUUGAUGAGUACCGGUCUGUCACUUACCAUCAUGAAAAUAAGCCGAAGUGGAUGGAAACAGUCAAAAUAGCUCUACCCAUUGAAGAGUUCAAGAAAGCCCACAUCAAAUUCACGUUCAAACACAGGUCUACAAAUGAUGUGAAGGACAAGAGUGAAAAGCCCUUUUCAAUGUCUUUUGUGAAGUUGAUGCAGGAAAAUGGAACAACCCUGUUCAACACUGAACAUGAUCUUAUUAUUUAUAAGAUUGAUCCAAAGAAAUGGCAAGAUGAUGACAUAAGUUACCUCAAAUUAUCUUGGAGGAGAGUGAAUGGUGAAGAGCUGAACAAAGUUUGGAAUUAUGGGCUUGCUCCAUCGUCUAAGGAUAAUUUCACCAUAUCCACUACUUUUUGUUCCACAAAGUUAACUCAGAAUGCUGAACUCCUUGGUUUACUGGAAUGGGGUUGGAGUGGCUCAACAGACACCAAAGUCUUGCAGCAGCGGCUGGAGGGUCUGCGUCGUGUGCCUGCUGAGGAGUUGAUGGUGUUUUUGCAAGACACCCUUGACGUACUUCUGGAGAUUUUGAUGAAUAAUUCUACCAGUGAUGAUAGUGACAACAGAGUCUUUGAGGCUUUGGUUUAUGUGAUCACCAUUGCCACUGAUAAAAAUAAACACGAAGCCUUCCAGCCAGUACUAGACUCCUACAUCCAGCAGAAUUUCCAUGCCACUCUAGCGUACAAUAAGCUCAUUCACGUUUUGAAAUUCUAUGUGGAACAAGGUAUGGAUAUGGAUCGACAGGAGACCUUGAAGAAGUCCAUGAAGUGUCUACAGUAUAUUUUCAAGUUCAUCAUUCGCUCAAGACAGCUCUUUGUGGAGCUGUACGGCCGUGGUCAAGAGGAAUUUGAGAAAAGUCUACAGCAGCUAUUAGAGGCCAUGGCUCACAUGAUGGUGCAUACCAAUGACUCCACCCUCACAGUUCAAGCUCACUGCCUGAAGUACAUAACAACCACAAUACCUGAUAUCAUGUCAAAUUUUGACCCUGUAACUAUGAGUGCAAUUCUUGUGAAGAUGAUUGACAACUUGGACCACAAGCGUAUUCCCAAGCAGAAGCUUAUGACUAUGAAUGACAUCAUUCACAGUGAACUCUUCAAGAUACCUGAUUGCAGAGCCGUGUUGUUGCCGUGCUUCAUCACGCACAUUAAGCGGUUAUUAGCUGCCAAUGAAGAGGUGACAGAUUUUGAAGUAGUCAUGCGCAAGGAGAAAAAAAAGACCAAGUUGGAAAAGCUUCUAGGCACGGAACACUGUAAUACUCAUGUUGCUGAUGACCGGAGUAUGACAGAAGAGCUGGAGUUGUGUGUGAAAAUUCUUGGAGAUAUAUUGGAUGUGCUGUUUUGUGCCGAUGUUGGGUCAACAUUCGACGACAUGACGCUGCUCAGUUCGAAGAUGCUGGAAAACAUUCUCACCAUCGUCUACAAGAUGACCAGGGAUGAUCCCUUAAUAUGUAAGUUUGUGAGUGUACUCGUGUCUCUCCUGCGGCAGAUGAACGAGAAACACUUUGUUUCUUUCUUAAAUCGCUUUUCAACUCAGGAACAGCUCUUCCAGUUUUUGGUGGAGCUUCAGAUGGUCAUACAGGACCUCAUUGUCCAACCAGUAUUUCCUGCUGAUUGGGCGGAGAUGAUACUCCUACAAAACAGUGUGAUAUUAAAGGUGCUACAUCAAUUGUCCCGGGUCAUAUCUGAUAAGAUGAGGGAACCUUUCAAAGAGUUUGUUUGGUGCAACUUCUUCCUUUGUGCUAUCAAGUUUUUGACGCAGCCAUCUUUGCAACUUGAAAAGUUCACCCAGAGUAAGAGAACCAAGAUUUUGAGUCGCUAUCGCGAUAUGCGUAGAGAAACGGCUGCUGAAAUCAGAAGUCUUUGGUUUAGUUUAGGUCAACACAAGAUUAGGUUUGUAGCACCAAGUGGCAGUGGACAAUCUAUGGUUGGACCAUUUUUGGAAAUGACAAUGAUACCAGAAGUUGAGCUAAGAAAGGCAACCAUUCCAAUAUUCUUUGAUAUGAUGCAAUGUGAGUUUUAUUCACUUCGUGAUCAAGGGAAUAAUGUGCCCCCAGAUAUGGCACGCAAUAAUCAGAAGAACAAGGGGAAAUUCAAUAAGUUUGAGAAUGAAAUUUUGGAGAAGCUAGAUCACCUUGUUGAGGGUGGUCAUGGAGACGAUCAUUACAGAGAAGUUUUCCAAACUACAGUUGGUGCAUUGUGUGAAGACCAUGCUACUAUGCGGGAACCAGGGCUGAGGCUUGUGAACACAGUCUCAAGGCUGAUGGAUCGUUUGUUGCAGUACCGCACAAUCAUGAACACUCCAGAUAAUUCAGCAGAGACUAGAAUGAGCUGCACUGUCAACUUGCUGGAAUUUUACUCCGAGAUCAAUAGGAAAGAACUAUAUCUGCGCUAUGUAUAUAAACUCCAAGAUCUUCAUUUGGGAUGUGACAACUACACUGAAGCUGGUUACACGCUACUCCAGCAUGCCAAUUUACUGCGUUGGUCACCUGAUUCAUUGUCACAUGCUCUCCGAUCACCACUUUUCCAUUCUGUGACUCAGCAUGACGAACUGAAGGAGAAAUUAUAUGAGCGUAUUAUUACAUACUUUGAUAAAGGACAAAUGUGGGAAGAUGCCCUCAAGCUCUGCAAAGAACUUGUUCAGCAUUAUGAAGAGGUCAUUCUUAACUAUACCAAGCUUGGGGACCUCCUGAAGCGCAUGGCUCAGUUUUAUGAAAACAUCAUGAAUCCACAGAAUCUGAGACCGGAACCAGAAUACUUCCGAGUAGCUUACUAUGGAAGAGGAUUUCCAGCUUUUCUGCAGAAUAAGGUAUUUGUUUAUCGUGGCAAUGGUUACGAAAGGCUUGGCGACUUUACCUCCAGAAUUCUGGACCAGUUUCCCAAUGCCGAGCUAAUGAAGAAACUUACACCACCCAGUGAUGACGUUAAAGAAUCGCCUCAGCAGUUCAUCCAGAUAAGUAAAGUGGACUGUGUGAUGCAUGAGAAUCCCUUCCCAAAUGCAAACGUGUCAGAGCAGAUAGAGCGAUACUACAGAGCCAAUCAAGUCAAGGUCUUCACCUACUCCCGUCCUUUCCAUCGUGGCCAGAAGGACCCCACUAAUGAAUUUGCUACCUUGUGUAUUGAGAAAACUACUCUUUAUACCUUAUACUCCUUGCCAGGAAUUCUUCGGUGCUUUCCUGUUGUGAAAACCAAGUCUAAAGAGCUCUCUCCUCUGGAGAAUGCUCUUGAAACCAUGACCAAUGUCAAUGAGGAAGUUCACGAGCUAGUGAAGAAAUACUCUCGGGAUUCAGCACUGCCAUUGGAUCCACUCACAAGGAAGCUCUCUGGUAUGGUGGACCCUGCAGUCAUGGGAGGUAUCGCCAAUUAUGAAAAGGCCUUCCUUGGAGAUGAUUAUAUUCAGUCUCAUCCAGGUGAUUCAGAAAAAGUAGCAGAUCUUCGCUUGCUGAUAGCAUCGCAGGUACCUCUCCUGGAAGCUGGAUUAUGUAUCCAUGCAACACGAGUCACCGACCCUAUAUCAGGUCUCCAUGAUCACAUGGUUGCCUCUUUCACGAAAAUGAAAGCGCAAGUACAAGAGAAGUAUGGUGUACAGCCAAUGCCUGCUGACCUGAGAAUAGAUGUUCGUCCUUUGAAACUCCACAGUCAGAUCAGUGUUGGCAGUGACACUUCGCAGCGUGCAUCGCACCAGUAUGAUAGUUUAGAGACGGACAGCGUAGAACUGAGAUCUCCAAGAGAAGAACCAAAGUCAGACAACCUCCGCCACAGCUUCAGCCGCAGCCUGCAGGCUAUUUCUGAACGUUCCUCUGAAUUCAUGUUCAUAAAUCGACUGAGUCCAGCCAAGAGCAAAGGAGGAACUUUGCCCCGUAACCAUAAAAGUUCAUUACCUGAUCAUGGUCUUUCUGGUAGCAGUGGGUCCAAAUCAACCAAGAAAGAAAAGAGCAUCAGCAAACUCUUGCGCCGUGAAAGCUUCACUUCAACACAGUGGUUUGACCGGCCAGACUCGCAAGUUCUGGCACAACCACCACCGCAGCCUAUUAUUGAGCUGAGUGAGCAGGUAAACUCUCCAAUACGGACAUUUUUCCUUCAGGUCAACCCAUUUAUGGGAACAUCAAGCAACCAAAAAUCCAAGUCUCGCCUAGAUCUGGCUACAGAACGACCUUUGAGAUCGGAUGUGGAAAGAGAGAGACGAAUGUCCCGGCCUCGCUCUUUCAACCUCAAUACUCCUUCUGUAUCUACUACUCCCUCACCUUCAAUGGGUUCUAGAGAAAGCCUUAGUACAGGCACACCAACAGAGUCCUUGCAUGAAGAAGAAGCACCUCCACCCUUGCCAGUUAAGAUGAGAGAACGGGAACAAGAUGCCGAUGGAAAUUCUUUACGCUACAGUGGGUUGUCCAUUAAAAGUGGAAAAAUGUUGCCUCCAGUUCCCUCUGACAUAUCCCCAGAACCUCCUGAAAAGCCACCGCGUCCAGAUAGAAAUCACAACCACGAGGAUUCCUUCUUGCCAUGAGAUCUGUAUUAUAUUUAGGUUACUCACGGGAGUUGAGGAAGCUUGUUUUGUGGGGAAGUGUACUAUAGCAACUUUCCACUGCUGUGUUACCAUGCUAUGCAUGUUAAAUUUUAAGAGGUGUAGAUCUUCACUUUUGUUGAGAAGCUGUAGUGUUUCAAGGGGAAUUGUAUUUAUAUAAGGCAACUGCAUAAAAGACUUUUAAGAGGCUCAAAUUUCAAUUGAUUUGUUCUAUUACUAAGUUAGCCUUACCUCUCUACUUGUUCCUUUUAAGCAGUGAUGAUGUACAAGCAUUAGGGGAGAGGAAAUGUUUGUGAAGUGAAACAGAUAGCUUUAGAGUGACUACUUAAUGAUUAUUGUAGUUAUUUAUAAUUAAUCCACUUUGAUGGAAUUCACCUCAUUUUGUCAAAGUUAUGAGAAGUGGCAAGUGGGUUAAAGACUUUUGAUGAAUUCGUGGCAGUCAUUAUAAAUGCUUUUAGUAAACUUACUGAAGCUUUUAUUGUCGAUUGCUGUGGGUCAGUUGCACAAAUUUUUGUAUUUUUAUACUGUGCCAAAUGUAACCAACUGUAUGGAAUGCUUAGUUUUUGGGUCAUACCUCACAUAAAAGAUAAAACAUGGUGCAAUAUUCAAAAUGGUAUACUAAAAUGUAUUUUUUGUACAAAGGCUUUGCACAGUUGGGGUAAUUGUUUUGUAAGUCUGUACUAUAUAAUGAUCAGGCUAAGGUUAGAUGGGGAAGAGUAGAAUACUGAAGAAUUUUCUGAAGGAUUCUAGUUUUUUUAUAAUUUAUCAAUUUGCAUAGUCUUCUGCAAUACUUUUUCUAGUGACUAACUCAUUUAUAUGCUUUAUCAUAUACCGUCUUCACAUAGUACUCUCACACAAAACUUUUAUUCACACACUUUGAGUUAUAUUUUCAGAUGAUGUACAGAUAUAGUUUUACAUACUACUAUAUAUUUGGGUGCUUUGCCCUAGGUCAGUUCAAAUCCUAUAAAUUUAUCAUAUUUAAGAAUUUAUGUCUGUGUGUUCUUUACUUGUUACUAAAAUUCUAAUGAAUUUGUGCUAUGUAAAAGGAAAUUGGAAGCUGAAUUUAAACAGCAUUUUUCUUUAUGCAGUUUCUACAAGUUCUUUUUUUAUCAUGGUCCAAAGCCUCAGAAAUAUUUAAUGUAGUACUCUGAUGUUUUAUUUUUGAACUAUAGAAGUAAUGUAUUAGUUUUUUAUUUGUUCCAUGAUUUAUGCUACUGGUGAAUUUAUUGUACAGUUAUGGAUGAUGGGCAGUUCUUGACAAAACAUGUGCAAAGAGGAAGUGAUACAUAAAUAUACAGUGUUGAUCUAUGUUGUAGCAGAAAGAGACACUGAGAUUGCCUUGCAAAGUCAUAUUUGUUUGACAGUAUGAUGCACUCCUUUAUUUUUACAUGUUUUUAUAGCAUAGUGCUAUAUUAGUUUGAAUUUUUUACUUUCUUGAUUUUUAGAUUCAUACCAGUUGAUAAAGGGGUGGCUCAGUCAGUACUCUGGUACACAUGUUUACUUGGGGGGGAAAAAUCAGUCACAUUCCAGAACAUGCUAAUGCUAGAACACAUGAAUUUAUUUUUAAUCUUUCUUAUUUUACAUUCUAUUCCAUUUAGUUGUAACAUAGUAUGCAUGGAACUGUUAUCUAAAAGUUUCAGGUUUUCUUGAAAUAUUAAAGGGAGAUUGAUCUAUCUGUGUCAUUGAGGUCACAAAGGAAUGGCAGAUCUCAAGAGUGAAUAUGUUGGCAAGAUUUUAUAAGAUUGUCUUUUGUGCAUAUCUUGUUAUAAAUUAUACUUUCACAACCAUGUAGCUCUUUUGUUACAUUUCACAGUGUAAGUUUUUAUUGUGCUGUUUGUCCAAGGUAGCCAUCAGAGACAGGAAUUUUAUUUUCCCCUUCACAAGUGUGGUGUUUUACUACGCUAUAAGAAAGAAUUGCAUUUACUGAAUGAUAAUAGUGAUCGUACACUCUCCUACGGAAUUGCCCAUUAUACAUUAUUGUAUUUAUGAGUUGCUCACUACAGAUUGUAGUGGUGGGUACUUGUAUUUGCUUGCCAUGAUAAGGUGUGUACUCUUCAGUUAUAAAUAUUAUGUUGGUAGCAUGUACUUUUUCCCUUAUGCAGUAUUGUUUUUAUUAAAUAUAUAAUUCCUAAUCCUCAAUUUGGGACCAAUUAGCAUACUUUUAUUAAUGUAUAGAUAACAUAUGUUUUUAUGUGAAAGAAUUUGUAUUGAUGUUAUUGUGGUAACCUUCAUUAUCAUCUUGAACCUUUGUGUAACAUUUUAGAUGUAAACAUAGUUUCUCUUCUCUUCAAGCAGUAUUCAGUUCCUGAUAUACUUAUGAUAAAUUACAAUGGUGCCAUUCAUUUUCUUAACUCGUAUGGUGUAAUGUAUCGUAUCCUAAUAUGCAUGUAGUAUAAUAUCCGUUUGAACCUAACUGUUAUUCCCGGACCCAGCUACAGAGUACAACGAUGUAGCAUACCUUCAGUAAAUUUAGUGAAAAUGAAACACAAUACUAACAUAAUGAUACCACGUUGUUUUGUCAGAACAGUGAAAGGUGCAUGAUGUUAUUUAAGCCCUUCUAAAGGUGAAUGUUGGAAACAGUUGUAAACUUUUAUUUUGUUAACUUUUCUAAAAGUUUGUAUCGAUAGCAAUUAGGCGAUUGUCGAUUAUCAAGCAUUUGUAUCGUUAGGACAUAAAUGCGGACUUUAUGGCACGUGCAAUCAGUUCACUGUCAGGAAUGUAAGAGAAGUACAAAAGCUGCACAAACUCAUAGUGCCAUAGAUUAAUUUCUUAAGGGAAAAGGAAGGUUGGUAUUUUUAUAUGGUGCUCUGGUGACCAAAGUAAGAUAACCCAAGAUGGGUGUGUGGAUUAGAGUAGAAUAUGGUUGGCAUUCCACUGAAGGUAAUGAUAUCUGACAGUGGGUGGAUAAUUCAUGGAAUAAUUAAACAAUUUGGAAUUUUAGCAUCCAAGAUUAAGCUUACAUAUUUUGGAUUAGUAAUUAAUAUUUGAAACUUUUGAUUAUGUACUGUUAUAGCAAGGUUUUGUUGACUAAAACCUGGCAAUGGAUUACAAGUGGUGUAUAUAUGAUUUUAUUUAAUUAUGCAUUAUUUUGAUACUCAAAAGUGACAAGGCACUGGUCUUUUUUCAUACUUUUAAACAAGGAAGUGGAGAGGAAUAAGUUUUGUAAUAUGGUUUCUGAUAUGACAGAAUAUUAUACUGUCUUUAACAUUGAAUGUUGAACUUACAUUAGUGCUGAAGUUACAGUCUUGUGCUUCUAAAUGCAAAAUGUUUUAAUGUCAGUUUUUACAUUUUGGUAGUAAAUUGUAAAUCUAUAAAGAAGGUUGUAAACCAUCUAUUUGUUUAUGCUUUCAAAGUGCUAUGUCACAUUUGGAUUAGGUGAAAUACCUUGUUGAAGUACCGUAUGAAAAAACUUCAUUUGAGAACUUCAUGUCAGGCUGUAGUGUGUUUGUGUCAAUUGUUAAUUAUUUUGCUGUCAAGCUUUAGACUUGUAUAGUAGAGUGGUAUCCUUGUUUGUACCCUUUAAAGUAACUUUUUAAAAUGUUCUGUCUGGUGCUUUUAUUAAAAUGAAAUGAGUUUUUAACUUUACUACAAUAUUUUUAAUUGAAACAAAAGAUUUAUGCUUUCUUACUAUUUAAUUAUUGUUAUAUAUUUAGUGUCAUUUUUAUAAAACAAAUAAUCUGCAUUUAACAUUUGUUCGUACUACACUGUUCUGUUUCCAUAAACCAUUGUAUUACAUUUAUGGAAGUUUAAGCAUGUAAAUGUUAUAGUAAUUAUUUGUUUUCCACAUGUGCCCAACAAGCUACAUUUAGUCAUGUGUAAGUAAAAAUGAAAAGUUAUUUAAAUUCAAUGUUAUAUGGCUAUAGUUUCAACAUGUAUGAGAAACCCCCUCUUAGAACUUUGUGUGAACUCUAGUGAAAUAUAUAUUUUACACUUUUAAUGUACAAUACAUCUAUUUUAGUCAUAAAAUUCCAAAUUAUGAAAAAAUGAAUAGGUUAAAAAAUGAAUAGGUUAAGAGUAUGAAAGAACACAAGAAAAACUUAUAAGAGAAAAAUAAUGUGCUAGGACCAGAGAAAAGAUGUAGCAAAUGCCAGAAAUUGAUACAAUAUGCAUGUAUCAAAGUAUUAAAGAAUGUACAAGGGGUACAGGAACAAUGUUUUCAUAUAUAUGCUAGAAAAGUACUCUAUUCACACAGCAAACAAAACUCAUCUAAUUUUAUCAUAAUACCAGUAGGUACUGAAGAAAUGAGUGCAGAUUUCUUACUUAGAGAAAAGUGAAGCAGUGAUCACCUAAGAAGCAGUGAUCUCUUAGGUGAUAUCUCCUUAUGUGAAUACUAAUAAGUGGUCUAGUGCUUGUUGGUUAUACGUCUUGUUUUCAUUUGGUUUGAACACUAGUUGAAUUUCCUCAGUUCCUUUACAAAUUAUAUUGUUUAUUUUUAUUUUCCAGUUUGUAUGAUUAAGAAUUUUAUGUGUGUUAUGUUCAGUGAUUUAUUCUUUUACAGAAGUUAACUCAUUGCCGAAGAUCCCUUCUGAUACAAGAGAGGUCAGUAAAACUUUCUGGCUAGAGAUAAAGGUCAUAGUCAUGACAAAUGAGAUCAAAACUGAUAUUACAUUUGGCUACAUUCAAAAUAAAUACAACUGCAAUGCCACAGAGGAGGAGACAAUAGUCAUGAUUGUGACUGAUAACCACUGACGUUAUGGGCAAGAAUGAGAAUUAAAAUGAGACCGAGAACAAACCCAGAAUUCCAGUAACACCCAAGAUUGAUGGAAGGACACACAUAAACUAAGGAGAUACAGAGGCAUGACAUCAAAGUUCUUCCUCUGUGCUUGGCCAAGGAUUAGACAUUAAAUUGGGUAGCAGGGUCUGACUAAAUCUAAUGUGCCUCCUUUCUUGAUUAGCUACUUUUUAUAUAUAGAAGUAACAACUUGAGCAUAAAUUACUCUUUACAAAGAUACAAACAUUAAUUUGAGCAUAAGACAUUUCCUGUUAUCAGAUGUUUCUGUUCAUGCUAACCUAAAAUUUCUGACAAAACUUAAUUUCACUGAUGGCCCUAUAAAUUCUUUGUUCUGAGAACUAGUAAAAAUGGUCAACACACAGUAAAAGAACUAUGAAAGUAACCGACCAAAAUUCUUAAGUCACUUGAGGGUUUGCGUGCUGGGAUAAGACCUUCUAUUUUUAACCUGAAGAUGUUUGUGCAACUGUGAUUUUUAAACAAAGUACAACAAUAUUAAUAUUAGGGUCUGCACUGAAAAUUAGGAUUUUUUUAUGAACUGUAAAAACACUGUUUACUGGAAAUUUUAAUUUUAAAAAAAUAAUAUCACAUCACAGGGCUGAUAAAAUAUCAAAUUUGAGAUCAUUAUCAUAUAUGAAAAAAAAGAAGUGAACAGACAUACAAACUGUUUGACCAGAAGGUAUCCCUAAUUUUAUCUGGAGAAGUGACAAAACCUCAGGAUGAAGAGUUCUCAAGUGACAACUGUUUACUUUUUGAGGAACCCUAAAGACCCGUCCACACGGUCGAGGAUGUUAGGUCCGGCUUCUGAUGUCACGUCAAACAAAGGUUGUCGGGCAAAGCGCGACCGUGUGGACGGGACUUUACUCGCAUAUCCAGGGUAAGGGUAGACAGAACACGAAUUACUGCAAUAAACACUUUACUACUACAGUAGUAGGAAAUCACAACUUUCCUUCUGUACCUAAGGUGAUUUUAAAUUUGAAAUCUGCAGAUAUUAAAGAUAAUUAAAGUUUCAUGUAUUUUGCAGCUGUAAUGGUAAAUGCAGAAAGUCAUGUAAUGUCAGUCACUAAACUGAUUUUAAGUAGUACUUUGAAGGUGGCAUAUAUAUUUAAUAUUAAUUUUCCAGCUGAGAGGAGUGACAACUUUAUGAGGAUGUAUAGCGCUGAACACUUUGCAUUUGAAAGCUCAGAAAAUUAUCGUUUUAGUGAAAUUUGCUUUCAUAAAGAUUUAUGUCUUUGCUAAAUUCAUAUAUAUAAAAAAAGCUACAUUAUGAUUUCAGCUUAUUUUAAUUUUGUGUCUAGUCACAACUCAAAAGCUUCUUUCAGCAAGCUUAAACUGUAUUCUGGUCAUGUUAAGGUAGGCACUAAAAUAUAGCCUUAAACAUUUAGUUAUUAAUUUUCAUUUAAAUUUAAGGGACCAGAUGGAGUAGCAGUGGUGAAGAAGAGUACCUCAUUUAGUUUGUUUUCAUACAUUUUAUAUUGAACAGAAAAUCUUAGAUUUCUUUCAUUUAUGUCUGGUGGACCAGAUUACUUGUAACAUUUACAGUGCACUAUAUUGUUGGUGAAGAUGUUAAAAUUCUUUCUUCAUUUGUCAUUUUUGGUGUUCAGAUUAAUGUGCAAUUGUUACUGUUGGAUAUGUUCAUAUCAGUUACUGUGCUUAUUUUAAUUACGAAGAAAUUCCAGUCUCCUGAAGUACCAGUAGGGUAAAUUUUAUCUUUACUUGUUGGUCUGGUCUAUGUGGCAAAUCUUGUCUUUCAAUUCUGGUACUGUACUUAUGCCUGUGAUGCAUGGAAACAAUCACAAUGUAAGUUUAUGAAGGCAUUACAUUGCCACCAUGUGUUUAUUGCUUGUGCUCUGUAACCAUAUUGAUUAAUAUGCAAUAAAACUGAUUACUUUUA